GAAAUAUUAGUUUCAAGUGACUACAUGUUCCACAGUAGCUUUAAAGUAAAUGCGGGUGUUUUAAGAAACUGCGUCAUGCCUGUAGGCAGCUGUGGAGUGCCUGGUCUGUAAGUGCAUAGAUUUGAUUUAGUUCGUCUCAAUAAAGUGUAAAUAAGCCUCUGAUCAAUAGUUCUUGGUCGAGUCAGUAUCAAAGAUGUUUUUGGGGGAAUAUCACCCAGUCGGUAGUACUGUGUUUACCCUUCAUGUGUCUUCUUGACAUCUUGUUACCAAAUGUGUCUGUCUCACAAUAUUUUCGUUAUUUCUGGUUUAUUGUGAGUUGCCUUUUGCUGCUCCAUGUUUUUUAUCUGCGUUCUAAACUUCCUUAACAUUUUUUUCAACUCGCUAGACUAGUAUCUAAACGUUUUGUUGUGUUCUAUUUUCUUGUUUAUUUGCGUUUGUAAUUAAUGCAGACGGUUGCACCUUCCUCCGGAUCGCUUAUGUGGUUGAGAUAUAGCACUCUACUACGUCUAGACCGCAGUAUUCGGAUAUCCUGAAUCACCUCACAGGCAUUGCAUAGCAUGAGAAAUUUAAACCGAAAGGCCUCAAAUGAUGAGUGUCUGUAUGGAAUCUGGCUGAACUUGUGAAAAGAGUACUUUGACAUAUUGAACUUAUGCAGCAUUGAUAAGAAUUGCUUCAUAUAUCAGAUUGUCAAUCGAAAUGUUUUAUGUCCUUCCGUCUCAAUUAUAUUUCUAAGUUUAUUAACUUUGGGAUCUUUGGCUCAGGGAUGACCGCAGCAUUCAGUCAUUUGCUAGUCUAGUUAGAUCAGUUGAAUCUCAUCGACAGAUACUUCAUUUGUGUGCUACUGUAUUUUUCAGCGUAUAAAAACUUCUAAAUAAGUUUUUCCUUCACUGAAUAAAUCACGUCUCUUUAUGCCUAACCGAAUUUUCAACGUUUAAUUCCUUAUAAAACUACAGCAUAGAUAUUCAAUGCCCAAACUGAAUAUCACUGAAAACGAAUUAUACUAUGACUAAUUCACUUAAGGUGAAAGGGUAUAUUAUUGUUAUUCAUUUGUUUGAAUUCUCACUCGAUCCUGCUAAAACAUCUAGAAACACCAGAAAAAUUAGUAUGGAAAUAUUCAGAGGAAAAGAUGAGUAGAGAAAUCAAGUAGCUUUUCGAAUUGAAUUUUUUGACAGUGUGCAGUAUGCUUUCUAUUACAAUUGGUAGCACCGGGGUCUGCACUGUGAUCUGGUUUCGAUCCCGACAACUCGAGCCACAGUUGCAUGAUCCCCUAUACUCUAUCUGGCGAGUCUUUGCCCUGGUAUAGUCCAUUUCUGUGCGAAUGUAGUUCACAUAACGACACUGACUGAUUGGCUGGACAUCACUAUCAACCAUUGGUUCCCAUAGUGCCCGAAUGUCUCGCUACAAGGCAAUUUUCUGAAUACAACUGCUUAGCGAUUCAAAAAUAACGGAUCAUCAGGAUUUAGACAAAAAAGCAGCCUAGCAAAAAUCAAUUGGGAAGGUAGUUGAAGUGAUGCAAAACAUCCUAUACACUACAACAACCAAAUUGGCAUCAUGGUAGUAAAAUAAUUGGUCGAAAAUAAAGUGUGCGGUACAGUAGGAUCGUUUUGCUGCAACAGUGUUGAAUAGAGUGAAGGUUCUCACUAGGCUGUUGUUCUCUAUUUUUGUGUUUCUUUUUAGACAUCACUGCUUGAGUCUUUGACUCAACGUAUAGUCCCUAAGGCAAAAUACAAACUUCGAAGGCUGCAUCCCUACGAUUGCUGGUGACGAGUAUUCGUUACUUUCACAUCUUGAAGUCUAUGUGCACCUAUGGUUUUUAGCCAGUGUUUUCCAACUCUCUUGUGUAACUCCACUGUUUAGCUAGUAAUGUAGCACAAAUGAAGUUCCUGCAAUUUUAAAAGGCAGAGCAUAAAUAUUUUUUCGUACAUCUCCAAUGUGCUGCAAAUCUUCAACCAUUGUCAGUGUUCUACUUUUAUUUUUGCGUUCACGUUUUCUUUCGAUUAACUGUUGUUCAAUAAGCUAGGCACCCACAAACAGGUUUUUUCUUUUGAACACGUUUGAUAGCUGUCCUAGUUAAUUUUCUGUCAGUCAUUAUUACGCAUAAAGACACUUAAAAAAGAUAAUCAGUUUAUCGUUUAGUGGUGUGGAGUGAUUAGUCAUGAUUGAUCAGCGUUUUUUAAUCCAUCCCGACUUCUAUAAAUCAAAAACAAAAUAAUGAAAGCCUGUUAAAUGUAAGUUGUUUAAACAUUAUGCUUUUCGGUUCAUUUAAUCACUCUAUCUCUUGUGGCAGAAUAUUGGCUGAUGUUUUGAUCCUUAGUUUGUACCAAUUUUAGAGUUACAAACAAUCCUAGACAUCAGAUCAUUUAUAUUCUCUUGUCCUCUUACUUGUUUCCCUGUUUCUUGAAUACUUUAUCCUUUUAACUUAUGAUUUUUUCUUUCUUUCAAAGUAUAGUACUAACAGCACACACUAGUAUUUGAUAUGGUUUCCUCUUCUUGCUUUUUAUUGAUUAGCCUACUGAAAUCUUGAAGGAAGUGAAAGGCUUGCAGAUCCCCGUUGAAGCAAAUCUGAAUUAGUCGAAUAGCGCAUAUAUGUUCCUUGUCACUUAAAAUUCUUUAUUUUAUUCUGUUUCCGUGUCUACCCAUUUGUCUUUCUCCUAGUUCUAUGUUUUAUAUGUUAAAUGCACUAUGUUUAUGACGUGGCACUCUGAAUCGAUGCUCUACGUUAUUACGCAUCCAAACAAAACUAAGUCAGUUAAAAAAAUGGUUAGUUGGGUGGAUGUUAUGGGGAAAUUGGAGUGAAAAAUUUUUCACCGGGAAUAUAUACACACGUAAAUCGAACGUCAACAUAAAAUGUUAGAUCACUGAUAUUGCGGAAGUGACCGUACUAAGUUUCACAUUUUUUUCGUGUAUUUUGUGAUUCAUCAAUUAAUCGACCCAGUGGGUUUUCAGUUUGCAAGUUUUCUUUCUUCAUAAACUUUCUUUUAUAGCCAACCAGUUCGUGACCCUGUAUUGUUUCCUCUGGGACUAAAGGAAGAAGCCACAAUAUCGUUGGGUUCUGAGACCAUUACAAUACAUGCGAGGGAUUUACGGAAGGUAGCUCAUUUAGGGUCUGGCUAUUAUGGGAGGGUAGAAAAAAUGGUUCACACGCCCACUUCACAUGAAUUUGCUGUCAAACAUAUUUCAGUUCACUUGAAUUAUCUGUCCAGACCUCUUAUUUCUCGUGAAUUGGCUGUUGGCACGCGUUGUAACCAUCGAUCUGUCGUGACUUGUUAUUGUGGCCUCUUUUGCGAAGGUGAUGUUCUAAUUGUCAUGGAACUAAUGGAUACGUCUUUGGAUAAAUUAUUGAAGAAAGUUUACAAUUCCGGUCGCAUUUUUCCUCCUGAUGUCUUGGCUUACAUUGUAUUGUCAGUUGUUGAAGCUCUUGAGUAUCUUCAUCAACUUGAAGUUAUACAUCGUGAUGUAAAACCAUCUAAUAUGCUUGCUGAUUGUCAAGGUCGAGUAAAGGUCUGUGAUUUUGGAAUAUCAGCUGAUCUAGAGAAUUCAAUUGCACUAACCAAUAUAGGCACUCGAGCUUAUUUAGCUCCUGAACGAAUUAACACACGGGAGAAUGAAGGCUUCUGUAUUCGUUCUGAUGUUUGGUCACUUGGUCUUAGUGUACUAGAAUUAGCAACUGGGAAACCUUGUUAUCCUCAAUCACAAAAUGUAUUUCAGCAGUUAGUCCAGGUUGUCCAUGAACCGUCACCACGAUUACCAGAGUCAAGUACAUACCCAGAUUCCUUACGCAAAUUCAUCGAUUCAUGUCUCAUGAAGAAUAAAGACGACAGACCGAAUUAUGUUCAACUGCUUAAAUCAGAAUUUCUGUCUAAUGUGGAUGCCAAAAGUGGUCAAGAAUCAUUCAAAAAAUUCCUAGUAGAUUUCCUUGAUGAUAAUUAACACUCUGUAGUGAUUUUAUGCAUACUUCUCGAUUCUUUUACCGUAUGAGAUAGCGCCGAUAUUGAUAUUAUAUAAAUAUAUCGUCAAUUGAUUUCUGAGUAAUAAGUAAAUAGGUACUGUUGUGUUUUAUACUUUUCUCGUUUCAAUUUCUUUCUUCUGUUUUUUGUCACAAUGAGAGUAUUUUCUACUCACCACUUUUAUUUUUUAAUGUGUGUAAUGCAUUCCGGUUGUAUUCAGUGUAAAGAUCAUUUUGCACAGCCUAACAUCUCGUUUUAAUUUUUUUUAAUUGAUGCAUUAAACUUCUACAUUACCUACAAUAUAUAUUUAUUUAUUUAUAUAAUAGUAAUAUUCUCCCAUUGCAUUGUUACUUAGUUUCUAUCAUAUGUGUUAUUAUCCUAAAAAUGAAAUAAAAAAGGUAGAAAGAACUAGUUGAAUAAAUAGAUACUUAUAGUUUAUUUACGAAUCAGCAAUGUAUAUAUUCGUAUCUCACUGCUUUCAUCUUCACACUAAGACUUCGCUCACUUCCUCUAUGGUGAAGAACAAAUGGGUUUGUUUUUUAUUCUCUUCAAUUCUUCUAAUUAUUAUUAUGUCUUCCAAAUAUUUAUGUGUGGUAAGGAUUUUUCUAAAAAAAGUGGUGUCUUAGGAACUGCUAGUCAGCAUUUGUUAAGCAGAGUAUUAAAAAAAAUACUUCUCUCUUUAUUAUCCUUAUUAGUAUUAUUCAUUUUGGAUGACACUGAUUUCGAAAUGGUUAUUAAAUCUUCUUUUUUCUUAUUUUCUCUUUCUCAAAUAUCACUUCUGUGUAUCAUUUUUCGUACAUAUACACAUAUAUUAGGAGAGAAUAUUUUGUACUGUUUUUUUUAAAAAUCUUUGACCUUUUUUGUUUCAAAAUAACAAAACACGCAAACUUUGUUGUUGUUGUAUAUUCAUGUGUUAUCACUGUUCAACUUUUUCCUUCUCUGGACACUGAUAUAUAUAUAUAUAUAUAUUUCACCAAACCGGUAAUAAUGACUUUCAUAACUGAUGAAUAUCAAUUAUUUCGCAGUUCUCUUAAACUUGUUUGUUUAUUCUUGUUCAGCAUUGAUGAAUGUAUUCACAGCUGUGUGUGUAUGUAUGCGUGUAUGUAUGUAUGUACAUCUAUGUAUUAUGGAUUUUUAAAUAAAAUAAAAUAAAGCCAUUAUCAAGAUAAAAACUCAGUCUGAUCAUUUUUAUUUCGAUCCAGUGUUUACAGAGAAUAAAGCGUAUGACAGGUUUAUAUGUGGUGUAUUUUUCUAUUGAAAAGUAAU